GAUUUAAUUGUUACAGGUUACCUUCAUUGUGGUUUUUAUUUUCGUGAUAUUUUCGAUUACGGUAUUUGAUAAUCAGUAGGCAGUUUACCAUGCAUUCGACUCCCAUUAUGGCACUGCUGUUCAACUUACUGGAUACAGGUGAACAUGAACCUGAAAGGUAAAGUAGCGCUGGUCACCGGAGCAGCCUCAGGCAUUGGUUUGGAUUACAUCAAAAUCAUGUUCGACAAUGGUCUCAAGCACGCCGCCAUGCUGGACUUCAACCUUCAAGCCGGCGCUGCGGCGGCCGAGCAGUUGAACCGGCAGUUCGGAGCCGACAGCACUCUGUUUGUCGCUUGCGACGCCUCCGACAUGCAGCAACUCGAGGAUGACUUUAAUAAGGCAAUGAAUAAGUUCAAGAAGAUCGACAUAGUUGUCAACAAUGCCGGUAUUAUGCGUGACAGUGAAUGGGAGAAAGAGAUCGCUCUUAACUUCGCGCCCUUCCACGAGGAGAGGACGGGAGUCCGGGUGGUGACCCUGUGCCCCAGCGCGAUGGACACGACCCUCAUAGCGGACGCGACCAGUCACACGAAGCAUCCGGAGUGGCUCCCGGAGAUGAAGAGAUUCUUGGCGAGCGUGCCGCUGCAGAAGGGUGGAGAAGUGAGAUGCACAGGGACAUCUCUCCAUUGA